CAGUGAGUGCAGGAUCUAAACAACAGAGACAGACAGGGAAGUGUUUCAGCCAGCUGAGCCAGAGCCGCGCUGUAUGGUGUCUGCUGCUGCACCGGGACUAGGCUUAUUAAUGUGGCCACAGCUUCUCCAAUCAAUCUCCAGUAAAUAAAUCGGACAUUGUAUAAACGAAGAUGUUUGCAAAAGCUACCAGGAAUUUCCUGAGAGAUAUUGAUUCUGGGGGAGAAUUAAUAACGGUCUCCAGCUUAAAUGAUUCGGAUAAGGCCCAGAUCCUUAGUGUAGUGGCUAAGAAGAGGCGAUUCUGGCACUGGCAAAAACCAAAGUACCACUUUUCAUCCUGUGCCUGCCUGCUGAGUGACAUACUGACGGGGGAGAGCACCGUGCAGCCCGUUGUCAUCGAAUCUGAAUUUGUGAAAUAUGAGGGUAAAUGUGGGGAUGUCGUUAAGGGUGAUGUUGAUGCUGAAUUUGGAGUGUUUCAUGGCAAUGCUGGUGGGUCUGGGCGUGUAGACAGCCAGUCUUCCUUUGGAACCCUAAGAAAACAAGAGGUUGACAUGCAGCACCUUAUGAAAGAUGUACAAGACAGGAUAAUAAACUUACACCAUCCCUUCAUUCGGCAGCUGCAUGAGAACAAGAAUGACAUCCUGUGCAUCCUAAAAGAGAAGAUUGUCACCACACAGAAAUGCAUCAUUUCAGAGCACACACAGACAGAGGAGAAAUUCGGCGGGAAUCUUGGAGUUAAAGCAAAGACGGUGAAGGUAACAGUGACUGAAAAUGGAAAUGUUACGAAGGAUGAGAACACAGUCCUGGAAUUACCUGCUUCUACGACCAUUGCCUACGGGGUAGUGGAAUUGUAUAUAAAAUGCGAUGGUAGCUUUGAAUUCUGUUUGCUAUCUGAAAAAGAAGGAGGUUUUGAAAAGGAAACCAGCCAAAAACAUCAACAUGCUGCCCCAGUUCUGUAUGACACUCUUUCUCUGUAUGACUGGGAUGUUGUGGAUGGUUUCAGAAGUUCAUCUGUGGACGGGAAACCCGUGCCAGGCAGUGCCGCCCUGUCUGUGCUAAAGCAAGAGUUACUGGAGCUUAGAAAGCACUUUGUUGUAUUCCAAGAGCUUGCGGAAACCCAGCGCAGAGAGCUGUAUAAUCUACUUUGUGAAAUACUGGAUGAUGGGGAAACGGUGGCUCAGCUACAGGCAGUGGUAGAAGAGAUCUGCUUAGGGCGCAGGCCAAGUCUGACAUCCUUCGAUGAGUUAAAGCCGCCUCAGCGAGAACGAGCACAGGAGAUAUUGCACUUUGCAGGAUAUGAUAUGCAAAACGAGAAGCUCCCGGAUCCAUCUAACAGGGAGCUGCUUGCGGCUGUACACAUCCUUAUCAGCGCACUGGAUGAGAUGCCAGACCCUGCCCUGGCGAUGCUCGGUGCGUGCUCUAAACGCCAUCUGCUGCCCGCUCUCUAUGCCCUGCCAAACAUCACAUCAGAUGAAGGACUUUGUUCAAGGGCAGGGCCGCUGCUGUCUGAUCUCAUCCACCAAGGUACAUUUCACAUCGUACAGAGGUUGUUCUCUUUAUCUAACGUAAGGAUGGAAGAGAAUGGAGAAAGCAUCAGUGCAGUAACUGCCAAGGAUCCCGGCUUUCUCCCACUCAUCCUUUACAUUUCCAUAUCCGGAUUUCAUUCAUUAGAGAAACACAGUAAGAACUGAAGUAUGCUGGACUCUCCUCCUGGGUUCUGACCAGCAACAGCCACGUAGAGUGUAUUGUACACGUUCAUGACUAAAUGUAACAAAACACAAGUCAAGAGAAAAGUUUUCUAACUUCUAAUAAAAGCAUUUUGGAGAAUGUGUUCUGUAGA